CGUGGUCCUCUGCCUCACCAUCACCUCGCUAGAGAGGAGCGACUCGGAUGUGUACACCUGUGACGUAGGAACCAUGCAGACCCGCGCGCUGCUGACAGUCUGCGGUCAGAAGGUGUGGAUCAGUGACGAGCUGGAGGACGUCGAGUGUCUGGAGAAUGACACGGUUGCAUUCAGGUGCCGCAUCUGUCCCAGUGACUACACUGCGGUGAAGUGGUACCUGGACGAGACGCUGCUAUACACCAACAACAUGAAUGAGAUCCAGGUGCUUCCGGGGGGCUACCACACCCUCACGUUUAAACAGCUGAUCCGUAAAGACUCUGGGACCGUCUCCUUCCAAGCAGGCGACCAGAGGUCUUACGCAUCGUUGCUUGUCAGAGAGAGACGUCCCACCAUUACCAAGGCAUUGGAGGACUGUGAAGCCAUCGAGGGAGGCAGCUUCGUGCUGGUGUGCAUGACCUCCAAGCCUUGCCACGUCAUGUGGUACAAAGAUGGCUGCCUGAUGUGGAGCUCCUCGAGGUACUACGUCAGUCGCUCCGGCAACGAGGUCAGGCUGACCAUCCGGGAGGUUGUCGACAGCGACGCUGGAGUGUAUGAGUGCAGUGCCGGUUCUGUGAGCACCAAGGCCGUCGUCACGGUGAAAGCCAUCCCUGCUGAGUUCACCCAGCCAUUACAGAACACGGAGGUGACGGAGGGGGAGGACGUGUCCCUGUCUUGCGAAUACUCUUUGCCCGGGGUGGCCUUCCACUGGAGGAGAGGACCGGAGACCCUCAGGGCCGGUGAGAGGUACGUGAUGAGGCAGAAGUCGUCCGUCAUCUUUCUGACCAUCACCGGCCCAAAGCCUGAGGACUCCGGAGAGUACACCUGUCAGUGCAGAGACCAGCGAACCACGGCCACCCUCACUGUGCACGCGAUACCCAUCUAUUUCACACAGCAAUUAACAAAUGUUGAAUCUGAGGAGGGCAACAGCGUUGUGCUGCGCUGUGAGCUCUCCAAACCAGGAGUCCCUGUACUGUGGAAGAAAGGAGAAGAGCUGCUGAAGAAUGGAGUGAAGUUCCAGAUAAAGAAGAGGGAGACGCUAUCAGAGCUUCAGAUAUGGAAAGCUGUGUCUGAAGACAGUGGAUUAUAUAGCUGCGAGUGUGCAGACCAAAAGACAAAGGCCAUCGUUAAAAUCAACGCCCUGCCCAUAACCUUCAAACAAAAACUGAGGAACACCCAGGUUGAGGAAGGGAACAAUUUAGUGUUACACUGUGAGCUGUCUAAGACAGGAGUCGCUGUAGAAUGGAUAAGGGGAGGAAAUGAGCUGCUGAAGAAUGGAGAGAAGUUCCAAAUAAGGCAGAGAGGGUUGAUGAACGAGCUGAAGAUCCUGGACGCCAAACCAGAAGACAGCAGUAUAUACACCUGUGUCUGUGGGAAUGUGGAAUCCACAGCUAGUGUUACUGUGAAAGCCAAAUCCAUCAAUUUCAAGCAAAAGCUGAGGAAUGUGCAGACUGAGGAGGGAAACGCCGUCACCCUUCGCUGUGAGCUGUCCAAGCCAGAUGUUCAAGUGGAGUGGAGGCUGGGCGGAGAGACGCUGCUGCAAAAUGGAGACAAGUACCAGAUCAAGCAGAGAGACUCAGUCCUGGAGCUCAUCAUCAGGGAGGCCCUGCCUGAGGACAGCGGCAUAUACAGUUGUGUGUGCCGAGACCAGAAGACCAAAGCUACCGUCAAAGUCAUUGCGAUUCCAGCCUCAUUCAAAGUGGGUCUGAAGAACCAGGAGGCCCCAGAGGGGGGGUGUGUGACGCUGCGCUGUGAGCUGUCCAAGGCUGGGGUCCCAGUGGAGUGGUGGAGGGGGGAGGCAGAACUGGUCCAGGACCUGUCUGGAGGAAAGUACCUGAUGAAACAGGGGGGGAAUAUGGCUGAAAUGACCAUUCUCAACGUGCAACCAGAAGACAUUGGGAAAUACAGCUGUGUCGCAGGAAACCAGAAGACCACUGCGGAAGUUAAACUGCAAAUUCUCCCAGUGACGUUCCAGCGACAGCUCCAGAACGUGGUGAUCAAAGAGGGGAACAGUGGGGGGUUCCUCUGUGAGCUCUCCAAGCCUGGAGCCCAAGUGACCUGGAGGAAAGGGAGAGUCAUCUUGAAGUCUGGGGAGAAAUAUGAGAUGAAGCAGGAAGGACGCGUCGCUAAACUGUUCAUCCAUAAUGUGGAGGAGAGUGACACUGGGAAAUACACCUGCAGGAGUAAUGAUGCCCAGUCAACUGCUGAACUCACAGUGAAAGGCCAACCCCCAACUUUCAAAGACAAUCUGAGGGACAUAGAAGCGGAGGAGGGAAGAACGGUGACCCUGCACUCUCGGCCCAUUACAUUUAUAGAAGAGUUGAAGAACGUUCAGGUCGAGGAGGGUAGCGACGUGAUUUUGCUCUGCGAGCUCUCCAAACCAAAGACGUCAGUAGAAUGGAGGAGAGGAACAGAUGUGCUGCAGAAUGGAGAGAAGUACCAGAUGAAGCAGGAAGAUACGCUGCUGCACCUGAUCAUCAGGAGAUCUUCACCCGCGGACAGUGGCGUCUACAGUUGCCUGAUAGGAGAUCAGAAAACUUUUGCCACUGUCAUUAUCACGGCCAUCCCAGUCACUUUCAAACACAAGCUAAAGAACCAAGAGGUUCUGGAGGAUGGUACUGUGACGUUGCACUGUGAGAUCUCUAAACCGGGAGUUCCCGUGGAAUGGCUGAAGGGAGGAGAACUGCUGAGGGAAGGACAGAAGCACCAAAUGAGGCAGGAGGGGAGGACGUCUGAGCUGGUUAUCAGGAGCGUGGUUCUUCAGGAUGCCGGGGAGUACAGCUGUGUGACACCCUGCCAGGCAAAGACCACAGCAACUAUCAAAGUCAGAGCUCUCCCUGUAACAUUCACACAAGAGCUCCAGAACGUGGUGAUCAAAGAGGGGAACAGUGGGGGGUUCCUCUGUGAGCUCUCCAAGCCUGGAGCCCAAGUGACCUGGAGGAAAGGGAGAGUCAUCUUGAAGUCUGGAGAGAAAUAUGAGAUGAAGCAGGAAGGACGCGUCGCUAAACUGUUCAUCCAUAAUGUGGAGGAGAGUGACACUGGGAAAUACACUUGCAGGAGUAAUGAUGCCCAGUCAACUGCUGAACUCACAGUGAAAGCUCCGCCCGUCACGUUCAAGGUGAAACUGAAGAACCAGGAAGUGGAAGAGGAGAACAGUGUGACGUUAGUCUGUGAGCUCUCUAAACCAGGGGUGUUGGCCGAGUGGAAAAAGGGAGAAGUGCUGUUAAAAAACGGAGUACGGUACCAGAUAAAGAGAAGAGAGGCGGUGAUGGAACUAAUGAUCAGACACGCCGUGCUGGGUGACACCGGAGUCUACAGCUGCGUUUACGAAGAUGCCAAAACCACCGCCUUGGUCAACAUCACUCCCAUCCCGGUUACCUUCAAAAUGGGCCUGAAGAACCAGGAGGCCCCAGAGGGGGGGUUGGUGACGCUGCGCUGUGAGCUGUCCAAGGCUGGGGUCCCAGUGGAGUGGUGGAGGGGCGAGGAACAGGUUAUCCCGGGGGGCAAGUACCGGAUGAGGCUGGAGGGGAAAGUAGCAGAGAUGUUCAUCCGGAACACCCAGCCGGAGGACGUGGGACAGUACAGCUGCAUAUUCGGGGAGCAGAAGACCACUGCUGAAGUUAAUGUGAAAGCUGCUGUAUCAGUGUCCUUUGAGAAGGAGCUGGAAAGCCAAGUGGUGCUUGAGGGUAAGUCAGUGGUCCUGUCCUGUGAAGUGUCCAGUGCUACCGUCCCUGUGACCUGGAGGAAAGGUUCCUGCCUGGUCACUGAUGGGGAGAGGUUCACAGUGAAAAAGAAAGGCCCUAUUCAUUCCCUGGAGAUCCAGAAGCUGAUUCUGGAAGACACUGGGGAGUACAGCUGCAUUACCCGAGGAAAGAGAACAACCGCCAUGCUGGUUGUGAAAGAGCGUGUGAAGAUCUUGUCAGGUCUGAAGGAUGUACAGAUCACAGCCGGGCAGGAUGCAGUAUUUGUGUGUCAAUUGUCCCACCCGGGCGUGGCUGAGGGAGAGUGGUGGUUGGGCUCCAGCCCCCUUCAAAAGAAUGAGAUGAACCAGAUGAGCUGCGAUGGCCACCAGCAGCGCCUGGUCCUGACCAUGACCACGCCAGAGGAAACUGGGACCGUGGAGUUUGUGGUUGGGGAGGAGAGGACCUCUGCCCAGCUGCUGGUGCUCCCGAAACCCAAAGUACUCAUUGAGAAGAAGCCCAGGGACAUUGUCAUCAUGGAAGGGGAGACAGCCACUUUAUCCUGUACGACCUCUGACCUCACUACUCCCGUCACUUGGAGAUGCAACAACAUGCCCCUUCUGAAUGGAGAUAAGUAUGUGACGCGUAAGGAGGGGAAGCUCAACCUGCUGCUGAUCCACAGGGUGGAGCCAGAUGACUCUGGGAUAUAUUCCUGUGACACAGGAGACAUGCAGGGCAGCGCAAAACUGACUGUCAAUGAGCUUCCUCCACACUUUGAGGAGGAGUUGCAGGCUGUGGAGACUGAGGAGGGAGAUGCUGCCUUCCUGUUCUGUGAGCUUUCUAAGCCCGGAGUGCCAGUCCAGUGGAGGAAAGGUCAGCUUACUCUCAGGCCAAACAGGAAGUAUCAAAUGAAGCAGGACGGCUGCGUGUUUCAGCUUCACAUCCUGGAUCUAAAGCAGGCGGACAGUGGCAGCUACACGUGUCAGGCUGGUAAGGCAGAGACCACGGCCUCUGUUGUAGUAAAGCUUCCCCCAGCUAAAACUGAACCUCUCAAGACAAUGUGUUCCACAAGUGACACCAGGAAUGCUGCCUAUUCCAGUUCUCCACCACAGGAAUCCCAACCUCCAUUGACAAAGAAGUGGGACAUCACUCAAGAAUCCACCAUGGAGUUAAAAGAACAUGAGAUAAAAAAGACAGUUGACCCGCAUGAAAAACGGUCAUUAAGGUCCACCGAGACCAACCAGCAGAAGAUGGAGCCAGUUAAGCAGCAACCAAGUAAAGUGAAGGAUACAGUGGUGGACAAAACUGAGAAACAGCUGAUACCAACACUGAGGUCUAAAGGGAUGGAGCCAUCUAUGGUAAAGCAGACACAGAAAGACCAGAAAGAGAAAGAGACAGUAAAACAGCCAGACACAGAUACAGUGACGGACAAGGAGAUGUCUAUGGUAACUGAGACUAAAGUAGAACUGAGGGUGAAAAGGCCAUUGAAAGAGAUUGGGGACCAUGUUGUAAAACUGCCGGUUCCACCGGCGAGACAAACGUCUGUAGUGUCAGAUGCUGGGGUGGACGAGGUCAGGAAACUGCCGGUUCCACCAGCGAGACGAGGAUCUGUAGUUUCAGAUGCCGGAGUAGACGAGGUCAGGAAACUUCCGGUUCCACCAGCGAGACGAGCAUCUAUAGUUUCAGAUGCUGGGGUGGAUGAGGUCAGGAAACUUCCAGUUCCACCAGCAAGACGAGCAUCUGUAGUUUCAGAUGCUGGGGUGGAUGAGGUUAGGAAACUGCCGGUUCCACCAGCAAGACGAGCAUCUGUAGUUUCAGAUGCUGGGGUGGAUGAGGUUAGGAAACUGCCGGUUCCACCAGAGAGACGAGAAUCUGUAGUUUCAGAUGCGGGGGUGGAUGAGGUUAAGAAACUGCCGGUUCCACCAGAGAGACGAGCAUCUGUAGUUUCAGAUGCGGGGGUGGAUGAGGUUAAGAAACUGCCGGUUCCACCAGAGAGACGAGCAUCUGUAGUUUCAGAUGCGGGGGUGGAUGAGGUUAAGAAACUGCCGGUUCCACCAGCAAGACGAGCAUCUAUAGUUUCAGAUGCUGGGGUGGACGAGGUCAGGAAACUUCCGGUUCCACCAGCAAGACGAGCAUCUGUAGUUUCAGAUGCUGGGGUGGACGAGGUCAGGAAACUUCCGGUUCCACCAGAGAGACGAGGAUCUGUAGUUUCAGACGCCGGGGUAGAUGAGAUUAAGAAACUGCCACUCCCACGAGCGAGACGAGCAUCUGUAGUUUCAGAUGCGGGGGUGGAUGAGGUUAAGAAACUGCCGGUCCCACCAGCGAGACGAGGAUCUGUAGUUUCAGAUGCCGGAGUAGACAAGGUCAGGAAACUUCCAGUUCCACCAGCGAGACGUGCAUCUGUAGUUUCAGAUGCGGGGGUGGAUGAGGUUAAGAAACUGCCGGUUCCACCAGCAAGACGAGCAUCUAUAGUUUCAGAUGCUGGGGUGGACGAGGUCAGGAAACUGCCGGUUCCACCAGCAAGACGAGCAUCUGUAGUUUCAGAUGCUGGGGUGGACGAGGUCAGGAAACUGCCGGUUCCACCAGCGAGACGAGGAUCUGUAGUUUCAGACGCCGGGGUGGAUGAGGUUAAGAAACUGCCGGUUCCACCAGCGAGACGUGCAUCUGUAGUUUCAGAUGCCGGGGUGGAUGAGGUUAGGAAACUGCCGGUUCCACCAGCGAGACGAGGAUCUGUAGUUUCAGAUGCCGGGGUGGACGAGGUUAGGAAACUGCCGGUUCCACCAGCGAGACGAGGAUCUGUAGUUUCAGAUGCCGGGGUGGAUGAGGUUAGGAAACUGCCGGUUCCACCAGCGAGACGAGGAUCUGUAGUUUCAGAUGCCGGGGUGGACGAGGUUAGGAAACUGCCGGUUCCACCAGCGAGACGAGGAUCUGUAGUUUCAGAUGCCGGGGUGGACGAGGUUAGGAAACUGCCGGUUCCACCAGCAAGACGAGCGUCUGUAGUUUCAGACGCCGGGGUGGAUGAGGUUAAGAAACUGCCGGUUCCACCAGCAAGACGAGCGUCUGUAGUUUCAGACGCCGGGGUGGAUGAGAUUAAGAAACAGCCAUUGCCGCCAGCUAGAAGGGCAUCGGUAGUGCUGGAUGCUGGAUUAGAAACCAUGGCGUCAUUUAAAAAGGAGAUCUUCAAGCCUGUAGUUGCUGUUGCUGGAGUUCCCAAGGGGAUCCAGUCUGCUCAGCACCUUCACCAGACUGCACCUGACAUGGAAAUUAGCAUAAAUGAUGAACCUGAGAUGCGGGAAGCUGCCAUUAAGAUCCAGGCGGCUUUUAAGGGAUACAAGUCCCGCAAAGGCAUGCGGCCAGUGUUCAAGCAAGUUUUUAAGAACCAAAAUGCUAAGACAAAUGGUACCAUCAGACUGGAGUGUGUGGCUGAAGGCAAGCCAAAUGCAGUGCGCUGGCUGAAGAACGGACAACAAAUCACAGGGGACCAACGCCACUACAUAAAAACCUCGGAGAACGGCGUCUGCACACUGGUGAUCAACAACAUGUCAGCCAUAGACGCUGGGGUCUAUACUUGCGAGGUGGUCAACAAGUAUGGUGUGACCUCGUAUAAUGGCAACAUAACUGUAGGCCAAACUCAAAAGACUCCAUUCUCCGCCAAGAGCACUACAGACACCGCCCAGACCUCCACCCCUGCUGUGCACCCAGUCCCGGCCUCGAUUGGCCCUCUCCAGCCUGCCCAGACCUCCACCCCUGCUGUGCACCCAGUCCUGGCCUCCAUUGGCCCUCACCAGCCAGCCCAGAUCUCCACCCCUGGGAAGGAGGUUGCGGGUUCUGUGACGAGCGAGGGGAUUUCCUUGUGGCAGGCCUACAACCUGACUGAUGAGGAUUCCCGCAUAACCUUACAACAGAGAAGGAGGGCCUCUCUCAUUGCAGCUAGUUCUAUGUCAAGUCCCUCUGAUUAUGACACAGCUCCAGACUUUAUUGAGCCUGUUGAAAUCGUGACUAAAGAUCAGCACAGGGAUAAAGAAGACAUUAAGUUGGUGGACCAGCAACCCCAGGAGUCUAAAGAACAGAACGUCAGUACUCAACCACCAAAGAAGCAUUUGAAGGUCAAAGCUGCUGAUGCCAGUUUAAGAACUUCCUCUCCGAAACACCACCGCGUCCACACCCCCACUGCCCCUACAGGUUCUGGCUCAGAUUCAGAAGGUGAAGGGGAUAGACAAGAGGUCUUUGAUAUCUACGUGGCCAGAGUUAACUGCCGCCCUCAGCACAGUGGCAGCAAGGAGAGCUUCAUGUUGAAAGAGGGUCAGUAUGUGGAGGUUCUGGACUCGGUCCACCCGGAUAAGUGGUUGGUCCGCACCAAACCCUCCAAGGCCACCACCUCACGCCAAGGGUGGGUUUGCCCUGCGUACCUGGAGAAAAGGAGACAGGAGAUAUUUCCACAAAUGAGGACACAACAGCAGGAAAUAGGAGGCUCAGGGCCUAGAGACGAGGAGUACAGGAAGGCACUGAGCCAGUUGAUUCAGGGGCUCAUUGAUGGGGAAGAAGAAUUUGUAAAGGAGAUGAAGGACUUCACGUCCCACUAUCUCUUCAACAUAGAUACCAGCCCCCAGGUGCCUGUCACCAUCCUCAACCAGAAAGUAACCAUAUUCAGAAACAUCAUGGACAUCAUUGAUUUCCACGAUAGGUCUAUUCUGCCUGGUCUGAGGAAAUGUUUCACUGACGAUGCUGUGGCCAUACAUCUGGUCAGACAUGAAGAGGACUUUGAGAAGUAUCUGCAGUACAUGGUGGGCCAAACACCAGCAGAGGCCUGUCUCACUGACAAGAACAUUAAACAGUACAUCAAGCAAAACACAGAAACCGAGCUUGAGUUCCCAGAAGCUACAGUCCUGGAUGUCAUCACCUUCUUACAGAGACCAGUGGAGAGGAUUCAGACCUACCAGUGUUUGCUCAAGGAGUUGAUCAAGAACAAGGCUAGGUGUGGGAAGAACUGCUUUCUGCUGGAAGAUGCCUUCUCCAUGGUGUCCUGUCUACCCUGGCGGUCCAACAACCUGCAGCAGGUGUCUUUGAUAGAAAACUACCCAGCCCCACUCACUGCUCUGGGGGAACCAGUCCGGCAGGGCUCUUUCACUGUGUGGGAGGAGUCCCCUGAGGUCAAGACCUCCUCCAGGGGGCACCAGAGGCAGGUGUUCCUCUUCAGGAACUGCGUCUUGCUGUGUAAACCCAAAAGAGACCCCGGCUCAAAUUGUGACACCUACGCUUUCAAGAACAAGAUGAAGCUGGACGACGUAGAGGUGAAAGAGAUGGUUGGAGGAGAUGAGAGGUGCUGGGGGCUUUGGCACGAGCAUCGGGGCUCCGUGAGGAGAUACACUCUGCGGGGUCGCUCCGCCCUGCUCAAGCUCUCCUGGCUUAAGGACCUGAAGGAGCUGCAGCAACGCUCCAGCCUAACCGACAGCUGUCCACCAGAGUUCAAAGUUUACCUGGCCAACUGCACUGCAAAGAUUGGGCAGACUGUUAAACUGGCCUGUCAAGUCACAGGAACGCCCAAGCCAGAGGUCAGCUGGUUCAAAGGUGGCGUGGUUCUAGAAGACGGCCCACACCACGUCCUCACGGCAGACCGGGCAGGAACCUGCUGUCUCAUCCUGGAUGGGGUCACCUCCGAGGACUCUGGACAGUACGUGUGCUACGCUGUCAGCUCUGUGGGCCAUGCUAGCACAUUGGCAGAUUUAGUGGUGGAAGCUCCCCCCAGGUUCAUUACUGGGCUGCAGAAUGAAUAUCUGCUGGAGGGAGAGGUCGUUCAGUUCUCCUGCUCCACACACAUGACCUCUUCACCCAGAAUCAGGUGGUUUAAGGAUGGCACUGAGCUGACAGACUCAAGUAAGUACCGUAUAGAGACUGAUGUCCACAGUGGAUUCCUGACCCUCACCAUCCUCAACCCAGGAGAGACAGACCUGGGACAGUAUCAGUGUGAGCUAUGGAACCAGUUGGGCUGUGCCAAGAGUAGAGCAGAGCUAAGCUCUGCCUUCGCACAACUGGUUGACAGUGAGCCUGACCAAUCACAGGUUGUUUUGACCAAAGACUCAGAACCGGAGGGCUGGUCCGCUGCCAUGGUGACGCAGUGGCUACAGACUGACUUCAGCCCCACCUCCAUUGUCAAAAUGCUCUUCCAGCCUGGAUACUCUCAGUCAGCCGAGGGAAGGCCAGAAGAAACCAACCCCACGAUCAGAGGUUACAUAGAAGCGCAGUUCCCCAAGGAGCUUCAGGAGAGACCUGAGGAUGUGGAGGAACUUUAUGUACCUGAAUUAAUACAGGAAAUACCCAAAGCUCCUCCAUUCAUCCAGGUACCAGCAGAGGACCUGUGUGUAGAGCCCGGCCAAUCAGCUACAUUCACCAUCAUAAUCACAGGCAGGCCCGCCCCCGAGAUUCAGUGGUACAAGGAUGGAGAGGAGCUGUUGGCCAAUGAGAACGUGGAGGUGGUCCAGAAUGGUGUCCGUUGCUGUCUGUCUGUGCUGUGCCCAGAGAGCGAGGACAGCGGCGUCUACACGUGCUGGGCCUUUAAUGACUCUGGAAGCACAUCCUGUCAGGCUAAACUCAUGGUGGAACAAGGUCCACUGGAGUCACAGGAGAGAGAGGUGGAGCUUGGGAAGAGGAGGAAACUGCUGUCUGUCUAUGACGUUCAUGAGGAGAUAGGGAGAGGAACGUAUGGCGUGGUGAAGAGAGUCACUCACAGGAGUACUGGCGAGGGCUUUGCCGCAAAAUUCUUGCCCCUGAGAAGCAGCACGAGGACGCGAGCCUUCCAGGAGAGGGACCUGCUGUCCCGGCUGGCCCAUCCCAGGCUGGCCUGUUUGCUGGACUUCUUCUCGACACGCAAGACACUGGUGCUGGUCACCGAAGUCUGCUCUUCUCGUGGCCUCCUCGAUCAUUUGCUCUUCAAGGGAUCCGUCAGUGAGAGAGAGGUGCAAAUGUACAUCCAGCAAAUCCUUGAGGGAGUCGCUCACAUCCAUAGCAUGAACAUCCUCCACCUGGACAUUAAACCAGACAAUAUCCUGAUGGUGUUUCCACCCAAAGAGGAGAUUAAGAUUUGUGACUUCGGCUUUUCUCAAGAGGUCGACACUUCAAGACACCAGUACAGCAGGUUUGGCUCUCCAGAGUUUGUGGCUCCUGAGAUCGUACAUCAAGACCCUGUCACUACUGCAAGUGAUAUCUGGUCUGUUGGUGUUGUGGCUUAUUUAUGUCUGAUUUGCCACUGUCCGUUCAUCGGGGAGACGGACCGGGCUACUCUGUUGAGAGUGGGGGAUGGGACAAUGAACUGGGACUCAGCCGACCUCAGUUACAGGAGCUCAGAGGCCCAAGACUUCCUCCACUCUGUCCUACAGCCUGACCCAGAAAAACGACUGACUGCUUUGGAGUGUCUGGGUCAUGAAUGGUUCCAGGGCGAACACGAGGAUGAGGCUGAUGACAUCAAUACAAAGGCUCUGAAAGGCUUCAUCUCAAGGAGAAAAUGGCAGCGUUCUCUGACCUGCCUUGGCUCGGUGUUGACCCAGAGACCCAUCCCAGAGCUGCUGGAUGCCCCUCCUCGAGAGACCUCUAUUACUGUUCCCAGAGACCCACACGAGCCCAGCAGUACCUCCAUGAGCAGUGGCUCCUCUUCAGAGUACGACGAGGCUGACGCCUGGGACUUCUUCCAUCAUUGUACCUCCGCAGAGGAAGAUGAGGAUGAGGAAGACUUUGACGUCCUAAAAGAGAGGGCCGGGAUCGCCGAACCUGUCGCCAAACUGAAAUUGUACGAAGAGGACGAAGAGGGUGCCAUGGAGCAGGAGUACGAUGAGAUGGUGGAAGAGGGAAGCGUGAGCAGGCAGUCCCAGGGGUCCUCCGACGCCUCACGGCAGCCCACCCCACAGAGGGAGAGGAGGGUCAGCCGGGGAAGCAGCCCCUCCCUGUACCUCUCCGAGGGGGAUGACGGCUCCGCAUCUGGCAGCGAAGGGGGCUGCAUCGCCAGGAGCUCCAUGAUCCGCAGCACCUUCUACAGCAGCUCCAUGCAGCUGUCGCCCAUGUCCGCGCGCCACAUGACCCUCCGGGACCAGUUCCGGGCCAAGAAGCAGGAGAGGGGCCGCAGGACGCACCGAAGCAGCCGGUCCAGCCGCCUCGGCGAGCCGCUUAUUGAGUAUGUGGAGGAUGAGGGAGAGACCAAUCUGCUGCGGAGGCGUGGGUCCCUGGAGCUGGCAAUGUUCAAGUCCUACUCCUUUGACAGUGGCGUUGGCCUCCAGCACAACGUGCCCCCGAAGAGGAGGAGCAGAUCGUUGGACGAGUGUUCCCGGCGCUCACCAGGAUCUGCUAAACACAGAGAAGAGGAGGGUGAUUUAACUUUUAAGGAGGAUUUCACAGAUGAACAGCUUGAGGCGAAGACGCCGGACGGUCCCCCUGCCCAGGUCAGAGGUAGAAGAAGCUCAGUAGCAGUGGCUCCUGCUCAGUUAAUGGCUAGGCUCCAAAACCUGGGUGAGAAGCCGCCAGGUGCUGGUUUAGAGAGGAGCCCCGGGCCAGAACACAGGAGUCCAGGGGAGGAGGAUGACAGGGAGUACCUGGCGCACUGUCUGUGCUCCCAGGCAGAAUCUCUCCCCCUGGCACACGACUCUGAGGCAUCCAGCAGGCGGAGCUCCUUUGAGGAACUGUCCCACGGAAGCUCUGCCGCCACACACAGAAGUAGAUAUGAGGACGAGUGUGGUGACACAGAAGAGCCCCUGAUCACCUCGUCCCCGGGGCUGGAGGUUGAGGAGUCCAGGCAGGAGCUCCAGCGUCGGAGCAGACAACUUCAGGUCCCACCGAGAAGGCUGCCCCACCCCAACCAGCACUCAGCAGACAGAAAUAGUCCCCAGCUGGUGAAACCCAGCCCCAGCCUCUCACACAAGGCCCCAGACAGGCCCCCAAGGGCCAGCAACACAGAGGCCCAGCUGCAGAGGCACGCGUCCACCCUGGCCCUGGAGGUGAAGCCUCCCACGGGGAAAUCUCCCAGACUGUCGCCCAAAGUCGGGUUGAUGAAUCUGCUCCGCCGGCAGUCUUGGGCGGGUCAUACUUACUCCCAGCUGGAAGGCCCGGAGCUUGGUCCCACACUAGGGGAGCUGGAGCCCAGAACCCCAACCUUGUCACUCAGGAAGAAGAUCAGGGCGUCGGCCUCCAGCCUCACCAGACUGUUCACUAAAUCGUCCAGCAAGGAGGACAUAACAAUGGGAGGGCCGAUUGUAAAGGGUCCUUUGCCUGUUCCAGGUGAGGCAAGUCCUGGGUCGGAGAACCGUAAAAAGAUGUCCAAAUUCUUCACAUUCAAAAUACCUAAAAUACCUGCAUUCAAGAAGAACAAAGAGACCCCCCUUCGUCUCACCAGGCCCGAUGUUCAUCCACUGGAGUCAGGAGGAUUUCUGAUAGUAUGGAGGCCUGUGAAGUCCAGUGACCCAGUGAUUUAUUUUGUUCAGUACAGCAAUGACGGUGGACAGUGGAAGCAGCUGUCAGCCGAGGUGACAGACAGUUGCUACGUGGCGACGGACCUGCCCAGAGGGGUGGGAUACGUGUUCAGGGUGGGCUGCAUUGCCGCAAACGCAGCAGCAACUUUCAGCGACGCUUCACCGCCUGUUGUCAUGGCAACCCAUCCCGAAGACACCCACAUUCCCCUCAUUCAGACGGAGUCCCCAGAAACAAAGGGAAAUGGGUCAGAAGGUCAAUCUGGACAUAAGACCUACAGGUUCCUCUCAGAAAUCAACAGGGGGCGUUUCAGCGUGGUCACCCGGUGUCAGGACAGCCAGACACAGCAGCUGUUUGCCGCCAAGAUCACCCCCUGCAGCCCGGAGAAGAGACAGCUGGUGCUCAGGGAGUACCAGCUGCUGAGGAGACUCAGCCACCCCCACAUGGUUCAGCUGCACGCGGCCUACAUCACCCCCCUCUACCUGGUGCUCAUCCAGGACCUGUGUGCCGGCAGAGAGCUGCUCUACAGUCUGGCGGAGAGAGACCUAUAUGCUGAGCUCCAUGUGGCAGAGCUGCUGGCCCAGAUCCUGAGGGCUAUGGACUAUUUGCAUGGCCGUCGCAUCGUCCACUUGGACCUCAAGUCUGACAACGUGCUGGUGACAGACCACAACGUGCUGAAGGUUGUUGACCUGGGCUCGGCUCAGUCCUUCACACCUGGACAGACACUCAACGUAGAGCACAUUCAAAGUCAAGAGAAAGUUUACAUUGUCCUUCCUAAAGCUCCGGAAAUCCUGGAGGGACUAGGAGUGGGUCCUGAGACAGACAUCUGGGCUAUUGGGGUUUUGGCUUUUAUAAUGCUGAGUGCUGAUAGCCCGUUCCAUUCGGACCUCACCUGGGAGAUGGACCGAAACAUCCGUAAGGGGAAGAUCCAGUUCGGCCGCUGCUACCCCGGCCUAUCAGAAGGAGCAAUCAACUUCAUGAAAAACACGCUCAGUAACAAGGCUUGGGGAAGGCCGAGUGCAGCCGAGUGCCUCCAGAAUACGUGGCUACGAGGCGAACGUUCUCCCUCCAAAAACCGAGACUCCAUCCUUUGUUUCUCGACUGAUAAACUGCAGGCCUUCCUGAAGGACAGAGAGGUGAAAAGAGAACAGGUCUGCAUCAAGCUGCAAGGCCCGUUCUUCUAGUGAACUGUUCAUCCAAUCAGGAAAUAUCAGAUGAUGCCUCUUCAUAUCCCAGAGCUCAGUCCCAAAUACGUUGGUUCUUAGAAGUGUUCACCUGACGAGGACUGGUCAAAUAUGUAUGCAUUACUGUUGGCUGCAUAAAGUGUUGCAUAUUACUGUCCAUUCUUGUGAGUUGGUCUUUGGCUUUGGGUUUAAUUACAACUCCAUGAUUGUUAGGGAAAUGUUUGGUUAGACAAACAUUCAAAUAAAUUAUACAAAUAAAUACAGUUGAAUGACUUUGCAAACACAUAUCCCCAGUGUCCUUAUGUACUAUUUUACUAAAUAUGAAAUCAGAAAACUGCUGCAGGACUGUGAUAGAGGUCUGAUGGGUAGUUGAUGUAAUAGUUCAGGGCUCAGUUCAAUCAAUAAUUUAAUCAAGUCUGCAUUGCAGUAUUUCAUGCAUAAGCUGUUUUUCCAAGGGUCAAUUUAAUAGGUAUUCUAUUUAAAUGUAAAACUACUACGUUCUUAAAUAUUAGAAUUGUGUGGGAACAUGCUGAAUA